AUGUAUCAUGUACAAUACACCUUAGGAGGCCAACCAAUAUACGACUUUUCAAGAGGCAAGUCAUUACCAGAAUACCUCGAAGAUGCUAAAAAACAAAAAAAAUCAAUAAAACAUGAAUCUGAAUUCAAAAACCGUAUAGAAAUCUUACAGAAUUUUGAUUUUAGUGUGGCAUCCAGUAGAAUAAGAGUAAGCCCUGAUAAACAAUUUAUAGCAGGUACCGGUACCUAUCCACCAGAAUUAAGAAUGUUUGACAUUAAAGAAUUAUCAAUGAAAUUUAUGAGAAGAUUUGACUUUGAAGUAUAUGAUUUUAUAUUUUUAUCAGAAGAUUAUAAAAAAUUAGCUUUUUUAAUGACAGAUCGUGUAAUAGAAUUUCAUUCACAAGGAGGACGUCAUUGUAGGAUAAGGGUACCAAAACAAGGUAGAAGUAUGGAAUAUUUAUCAAGUGCUGCAGAAUUAUUUAUUUUUGGUUCAACAAAUGAGGCUUAUAGAUUAGAUUUAGAAUCUGGAAUGUUUUUAGCUCCUCUUGAAACAGAUUUAGAGUAUAUAAAUACUGGUAAAAUAUCAUCUACUCUUCCAUUAUUAUUAUUAGGAGGGGAAAAAGGUAAAAUUGAGUUAUGGGAUUUGAGAGAUAAAUCUAUGGCAGCUUCAUUAAUAAUUAAUAGUAAUCAUACUUUUAAUAAUACAGAUAACAUAAAUGGUAAUAACCAAAAUCAUAUUAAUCAUUCUUACAAAAAUCAGGAAGAUAACUCAAAAUUUGAUUGGUUUAAUACAAUUAAUUCAGGAUUUGAAUCUAUUACAACUUCAACAUUUUCUAAAGAUGGACUUAGAUUUAGUAUAGGACUUUCAAGUGGAAAUAUUGUUAUUUAUGAUGUUAGAUCUAGUAAACCAUUACAGGUAAAAUCUCAUAGAAAUGAUUUACCAAUUAUGGAUUUACAUUAUACUUAUUGUCAAGAUUUUGGAAAAGAUGUAUUAGUAACAGCUGAUAGACAAAAUAUAAAGAUUUGGGAUGAAUUAUGUGAAAAUAUAAAUAAUAAUGGAUUAAUGGCUACAAUCAAUUCAGACUUUCCUAUUUCAUCUAUAUGUACUUAUCCAGAUUCUGGGCUUAUUAUGUCAACAGGAGAUCAGUCAAGAGUGGGAAUGUAUUAUGCACCAAUGCUUGGAGCUGCACCUAAUUGGUGUUCAUUCUUGGAUUCUAUUACUGAAGAGCUUGAAGAAGAACAUCUUAAAAAGGAUUAUUCUUUAAAAUCUUCAAGAGUUUAUGAUGAAUAUCAAUUUGUUACUCAAGAACAACUCAAAGAAUGGGGUGUUGAACAUUUAAUUGGUUCUUCUUUCCUUAAAGCAUAUUUACAUGGUUAUCUUAUGAGUAGUAAAUUAUUUAAUGAUCUUAGAGAUAUUAUUAAUCCAUUUGACUAUGAUAAGUACCGUAAAGAUCUUGCUAAGAAGAAGUUGCAAGAAAAAUCUUCUAUGAGAAUGAAAAUACCUACUAGUAAUAAUAAACAAUCUACUAAUGUUAAAAAUACCUCAAAAUUCAAUCAGGAAUUUGCUGAAAAACUUGGAAAACAGGCAAGAGGAGAGCUUGAAUCUUCAGAAGAUGAACAAAAUAUACCACAAAGUAGCUCUAAAACAUCAAUUAAGAUUCGUAAAUCUAAACAAAAGCUUAAGAAAGGUCAACAAGAACGUGCUCAGUCUCUACUUUCUGACGAUCGUUUCUCAAAACUAUUUAGUGAUGCUGAUUUUAUUAUUGAUGAUAAUGAAGUUUCAUAA